AUGUCGCGUUUUUUCUCCCGUGGGUACCACUACGAUACAGCGUCCUCGAGUGAGGAUGAGGAACUGUUGACGUCGUCCGAGGAGGAGCUUAUGAGCUCUUCGGAAGAAGAGGUAGUGUCUGAUGACUCUUUCUUCAAUGAUUCAGAAUCCGAGAGCGCGGAAUCAGAUGAUGAUUCCGACGGCAAACCGUAUGGGCCCGACUGGUUCAAGAAGCCGCAGUUCCGUAAGGGCGGAGCGCCAGGCGGAAGCGGUGCGAGCCGUUUCUUGAAAGGCAAUGCAGACUCGUCUGACGAGUCUGACGACGAAGGAAAGAAGGUGGUGAAGUCUGCGCGCGACAAGCUACUCGACGAGCUAAACAACACCUACAACAAGAUCGAUGCUGCGGAAAUGACGCAGGACUGGACGACGAUCCUUUCCGAGUUUGAAAGCGCCACCAAGUUGUUGGUGAAGGCGCAGCAACAAAACAUGGGCACGCCUAAUGUCUUUGUAAGGGUGGUGGCGCAAGUCGAGGACCUGGUUGCCGAGACCUCGCAAGCAGAGAUCAAAAACAAGAUAGUAGCGAAGGCUUACAACACCGUGAAGCAGAGAGUGAGGAAAAUUGCACGUGAAAAUGAGGAACUAUUGGCGAAGUUCCGUCAGCAUCCAGAAGCUUUCGAGAAGGACUCAACUGUUGAGUUUGGUCAGGCGCGCGAUUUCGAUGCAUCUGACUUGACCCUCAUGGGCAGAAAGGUGGCCGACAGGUCUGCAAUAGUGAGCUCGCCUUCUGACUUUUUCAGCGCUCUGCGUAUUGUUAUUGAUUCCAGAGGUAAGAAGGGUACUGAUAUCCAAGCUCAGAUUAAGACAAUGGAAGAGCUGGUCAGUAUUUCUAAGUCUCCAUACGAAUCUAUUAUUGCGUACUUGAACCUUAUCCCCAUUAGAUUUGAUGCAUGUGCCAACUUGGCCUACCAACCUUUGGAGCAAUGGAAGGCUUCCCACAACAAUGUGACGUCCUUGUUGGAGUUGCUAGAGGCAAACAUUGAGAGCUACCACGUUACUGAGUUGGCACCACGGAAUGAAUUCAUUGAAGAAGAGCCACAACCAAACGAAAAUGGUGUGAGAAUGAUCUUGGGCUCCGUCUUCACUUUCGUUGAGAGACUUGAUGAUGAAUUUAACAAAUCUUUACUAAACACCGACCCUCACUCUAGUGACUACUUGGACAGACUACGGGACGAACAAUCGGUCUACAAUCUAAUUUUGAGAUCUCAACUAUAUCUUGAGAAGGUCCUUCCAGAAGACACUGCCUCUAAGCACCUAUGUCGCUCUUUCGUCAGAAGACUAGACCAUAUCUACUAUAAGACCUCCAAGCUAGUGGACAUUGUUGAGCGUGCUGCAUGGGCCAGUGUUCCAGCAAACUCCUCUUCCAAGUACAUCACCUACUCUGAUGACCCAGACUACAACUUCAAGCUGGUCAACACUUUGUGUACUGUUGUGUCAUCGGAACAAGAGAUGUUGAAGAGGCGUGCCACGUUGUACCAGAUCUAUUACUAUGCAUUGAACAACCAGUUCUCUAAGGCAAAGGAGAUGCUUGUUCAGUCAAACGUGAGAAACUCUAUCAAUUCCCAGGAUCCAACCAUCCAGAUCUUGUUCAACAGAGUUGUGGUACAACUUGGUCUAGCUGCAUUCAAACUAUGUUUGGUUGAAGAUUGUCACCAGAUUUUGAACGAGGUCUCUACUGCGUCUCAUCUUCGGGAUAUCAUGGGGCAGCAAUCUUUGCAGAGAGUUUCCAAUAACAUCAGCAGCAACGGUACAGUCACUCCAACGGAAAUGCUAUGUCUACCUUUCCACCAACACAUCAACUUGGAUUUGAUCGAUGCUGUUUUCAUGACUUGCUCCCUACUGAUUGAGAUUCCACACAUGGCUGCAUUCUACUCGGGGAUCAAGGUGAAAAGAAUCCCAUACUCUCAAAAAUCCAUCCGCCGUGCUCUAGAGCAUUAUGAAAAAUCCAGCUUCCAGGGUCCUCCAGAAACUUUGAGAGACCAUGUUAUCCAUGCUGCCAAAGCUAUGCAGAGAGGUAACUGGGCGCAGUGUAUUAACUACCUACGUUCCAUCUCGACGUGGACCUUACUAGGUGACAAGAUGGAGAAAGUCCUUGAGCAGUUGGCUGAGAGAAUACAAAUAGAGUCCUUGAAGACUUACAUUUUCACAUACAAGAGAUUCUACACCAAGCUUUCCGUUCAGAAGCUGUCGGAGCUCUUCAGCCUACCAACCGAACAGGUUAUCAGUGUGAUCCAAACGCUGGAGAACACAAUUAAUAUCAAGGGUUCUCUAAAUGAAGCCAAGGAAAUGCUCAUCUUUGACAAGGGUGAUGAGAUAACGAAGCUAGAGGAGGUUGCCAUCAAGUUGACCAAGGAAACAAAAUACCAGAGUGAGCGUCUCAACAACGUUUCACAACGUCAAUAA